AAAACGACCAUUCCAAAGGCGCAUACGCCGGCGGUUGCCAAAUUUUGCUCCAUCAAAAACCGACCCAAGUGGCCCAAAAAUCCGGCGGCGCCGAUCGAUCUGGUGCUGAUUUGACUCCCGUUCCACCUGUCGAACAAAGCAACGUAUUUCGAAGCAGUCGCUGGUUUGACGAAGCUGCCAGAAGAGUAGACCGGUGGGUCGCUUACGGCUUCGGCCUUUCUUCCUCCUCGCAAGGCAUAUUCCAGCAUCUUUACUCCCACCUAAUCUCUCUUUGCCUCUCUAGAUCCGAAUGGACAUCGCCGGGAUGAGUUGGCUCCCUGCAACCGCUCGAAGCUGGUGGGUGAAGACCGACGAGUCCUCCCAAUGGCAGGACGCCGCCUUCUACUCCCUUUGCGCCGCGUAUUCCUGCCUCUCUGCUUUCGCCCUAAUUCAAGUGGCGAGGAUCCAACUUCGAGUCCCUGAAUAUGGUUGGACGGCGCAGAAGGUUUUCCUUUUCAUGAAUUUUUUGGUGAACGGAGUUCGCGCUCUGGUCUUCGGGUUCCACAAUAAUGUUUUACUUUUCCGGCCAAGUGUUUUUGCUCUAGUGUUGUUGGAUCUUCCAGGGAUAUUAUUCUUUUCUACUUACACCCUGCUUGUGCUUUCCUGGGCUGAAAUAUAUCAUCAGGCAAAGGAUCUUCCUUCAGACAAGCUGAGGAUCACAUACAUCAUUGCUAAUUGUGUAAUAUACUUCAUUCAGGUUUUCAUAUGGAUGUAUCUAUGGAUAAACGACAAUCGGAUUGUUGAAUUAGUUGGGAAUAUCUUUGUAGCAGUAAUAUCCUUCGUAGCUGCACUCGGUUUCUUAGUGUAUGGAGGAAGUCUAUUUUGCCUUCUGAGGUGUUUUCCUGCUGAAUCGAAGGGGCGACAGAAGAAGCUUCUUGAGGUUGGAUCUGUUACUGCAAUAUGCUUCACCUGUUUUCUCAUAAGGUGCCUCGCGCUUGGUCUAUCAUCAGCCAUUGGCUCUGGUACCUCACUAGAUGAAUUGGGCCAUCCUCUUCUGGAUUUCACCUUCUACAUGCUGACCGAAAUACUCCCUUCGGCACUUGUUCUCUACAUUCUGCGGAAGCUCCCUCAGAAAAGUGUUUCCGGGCGGUAUCAUCCCAUUCGAUAGACUAUUCGCUCAUGCAAGACUAACCUACUAAAGAGAAGCACUAGAGAGUAAGAUUCCAUGCCCAGCUCCUUCAACAUUACAGAUUAUAAUUACAGCAUCACUCAGGCCUCAGGCAAACAUAUCAUGCACAUGAUGAUAAGAAACAAGGCUUAUUAUCAAGCUGUUUUAUUAUUAUUAUUAUUAUUAUUUGGUUUCACUCGAGAAUUUUUGAGCUGCGGAAUGAUUGGACAAAGCCAUCCACCCUUUUCCUGAUCUCUUCCGGAUUGGCCCCGACAGCCUUGUCUAUCACUGCGCCAUCAUCUCCCAUCAGAACGAAGGUUGGCAUUGCCUUCACCCCCAUCUUAGAAGCCACCUCCUGCCAUUUCCAUUCAACACACCAAACAAAUAAACAGUGGUAAAUUUUGUAUCAUGAAAUUCCUGAAUUGUGAAAAAGAAGGAACAAAAAAAUCCAUCUCACCGUGGCUUCAUCAACGUCCACCGAGAGGAAGAGGAUGUCCGGAUAAGCUAUGGACAGCUCCUCGAAGAACGCGUUCAUGGCGAGGGAUGGAACACACCAUGAAGCGCCGAAGUGGAUGAAAACCUACAACGCAAUCAGGCAGGCAUCAAAAGGAGCGACCGAGAGGAAGAAAUUGAGCCAUGAGAGGGCUUACAGGGCAGCCUUGGUCCUUGGCUUGGCUGAUGAAGGUGUUCCACGACUGCUCUGAGUUCACCUUCACAACUCUAGACCUGGAAUUCUGCUGCUGGCCUUCCAUGACUGAUGACCCACACACAAGCUCAUGAGCUGAUUUUCUUGACCAGAGCUGGGUGGGAAUUUAUAGAGAGAGGAAAGUGGAGAUGGAGGACAGGGUGGCCUAGCAAAAUAUCUAAUCUUGUUCAUAUCCAUGAAUGAUGAUUGUUGUGGAAGUUUUGGUCAUGUUUUGUUUGUUUCA